CAAUGUCUUGCAAAUGUUCUGUAAUAUUAAAUACCCAUGCCGUAGGAAGUGUUUACGCUGGCGACAUUGUGACGGGAUCAGUUUUAUUGGAGUUGAAUAAACAACAGACAUUUGAAAAGAUUGAUUUCCAAGUAUUCGGUUAUAGCAAAGCAAAAUGGUCGAGACCGAAACCAACUAUGCCACACAUCAAAAUAUAUUCAGAAAAAAGAAAAGUCCUCCACAUAGAGAUGGACGUAUUUAGCGAGAUUAUUGGAAAGUCAAUGGAUCCUGGUAGCUACAAUUUUCCAUUUCACUUCGCUUUACCUGACGAUGUACCAUCCACGUUUGCAACAUCAAUCGGGAAAACAUUUUAUUACAUUAAUACGCAAUUUCAUGGAAAAUGGGGGACAAAAGAAGUUACACCGUUCAUCGUCCAAAGAAAUGUUAAUUUAAAUGAAAUGGAAGAAUUUUUGAAACCAUCAACAUACACAUUUCAAAAGAUAUUUUGGAAUUCAGGAGCGGUUACAUUAACUUUCAAGACGUACAAUGGAUUUAGUGCAAACCAAUUAGUGCCUUUCGAAAUUGCUAUUGAGAAUGACAAAAAAGUUAAAAUACGAGAAGUAAAAGUACUCCUAAUACAAAAACGUCAUUAUAGUAUAAAAGAAGCUUACGCGGAUGAAGAGAAAGUUGUAUGCAAAACUAAUUACAAGAUGGUACUAAGCACUACAAACUAUGAUAAAUUUAAAUUGUCUAUGGAUAUCCCUCGCUUAACGCCUUCUAGCAUAAAAGGAGCUGAUCACGUUAUAAAUAUUUCAUAUGUUCUAAGGGUUGAAGUUAUAUUUUUAUUUCAUACGACGUUGUAUGAAGACAUACCAAUAACACUUGCCACUGUACCUGUAAUUCAUUCUGAUUUUGAUAUUUAA